GGUUAGUGGCCUUGUGGACACAGAGAUGCAGACCCUGCUAGGCAAGACCACUGCCCUCGACAGUGAGUCCAGUGACACUACUGACAAUGUCAAGGCCAAAAUCAAAGACAAGGAGGAAUCCACUCUGAACCUGGUGCUUCAUCUGAGGGGUGGCAUCAUUAAACCUUCCCUCCCCCAGCUGGCCCAGAAAUACAAGUGCAACAAGAUGAUCUGCUUCCAGUGCUAUGUUUACCUGCACCCCUGGGCUGUCAAUUGCCACGAGAAGCAUGGCCACACCAACAAACUGUGCCCUAAAAAGCAG